AAGCUGGACAAGGCACUAGGACCUAGAAGGCAUCUAUCCACCCUGGCAGGAAUUUCUUGCUUGGAGCUCAGACAACAAAGGCAUAGAGAGAUUGGUUUUCUUUCUCUCAGCAUCUCCACCCAACCAGCAGAAAACCGGUCUCUGAGGUUCCACCAAAAUAUGGAACUUGAUUUUGGACAUUUUGACGAAAGAGACAAGACAUCCAGGAACAUGCGAGGCUCACGGAUGAAUGGGCUGCCCAGCCCCACUCACAGCGCCCAUUGUAGCUUCUACCGAACCAGAACCUUGCAGGCACUGAGCAACGAGAAGAAAGCCAAGAAGGUACGUUUCUACCGCAAUGGGGACCGCUACUUCAAGGGGAUUGUGUACGCUGUGUCCUCUGACCGUUUUCGCAGCUUUGACGCCUUGCUGGCUGACCUGACUCGAUCUCUGUCUGACAACAUCAACCUGCCUCAGGGAGUGCGUUACAUUUACACCAUUGAUGGAUCCAGGAAAAUCGGAAGCAUGGAUGAACUGGAGGAAGGGGAAAGCUAUGUUUGCUCCUCAGACAACUUCUUUAAAAAGGUGGAGUACACCAAGAAUGUCAAUCCCAACUGGUCUGUCAAUGUGAAGACAUCCGCCAAUAUGAAAGCCCCCCAAUCCCUGGCUAGCAGCAACAGUGCCCAGGCCAGAGAGAACAAGGACUUUGUGCGCCCCAAACUGGUGACCAUCAUUCGCAGUGGGGUGAAGCCUCGGAAGGCUGUGCGUGUGCUUCUGAACAAGAAGACAGCCCACUCUUUUGAGCAAGUCCUCACUGACAUCACCGAAGCCAUCAAGCUGGAGACCGGGGUUGUCAAAAAACUCUACACUCUGGAUGGAAAACAGGUAACCUGUCUCCAUGAUUUCUUUGGUGAUGACGACGUGUUUAUUGCCUGUGGUCCUGAAAAAUUUCGCUAUGCUCAGGAUGACUUUUCUCUGGAUGAAAAUGAAUGCCGAGUCAUGAAGGGAAACCCAUCGGCCACAGCUGGCCCAAAGGCCUCUCCAACCCCUCAGAAGAGUUCAGCUAAGAGCCCUGGCCCCAUGCGCCGGAGCAAGUCUCCAGCUGACUCAGGUAACGACCAAGACGCAAACGGGACCUCCAGCAGCCAGCUCUCCACCCCCAAGUCUAAACAGUCACCCAUCUCCACGCCCACCAGUCCUGGCAGCCUCCGGAAGCACAAGGUAGAUCUGUACCUGCCUCUGUCCUUGGAUGACUCAGACUCGCUCGGUGAUUCCAUGUGAAGGAGAAGAGAACGUUCAGAGUCCAGAGUACAAAUCCAAGCUUACCGUUACAAUAGGGUACUUCUGCUCAAGGGUCCAACACGGCUACUGGUGCUUUCAAGUUUUUAUUUUUUUGUUGUUGUUAUUUUUAAAAACACACUGUAAUAUGUUGGGUUUAUUUUCCUGUGAUUUCUCCUCUGGGCCACUGAUCCACAGUUAACCAACCAUAAGAGAUAGAUUGAUAACCAUCCUUUGGGGUAACUUUCCGGGGAUGCAAAACGUGCUAGUCCAUGACCUUUCUAUUGAACACGUAGGCGCCUGUGCUAUUUCUCCCCUGCCUCACUUUGCUCAUACACGCGACAGUCUUCCUUCUGUAGAGGGUUGUUUACAUACAUAGCACUUCAAAUGUGUAUGUGGGAAAGAAACUCAUUGGCAAAUCCAAGAGUGACAAACACAAGUGCCCCUUGUCUCCCGAUCUCAAGAAUGCUGGAGACUCCCGGGAGGACGGCAAGGCAGCUCCCCAGGCUCGCUCUUCACUCCUGAUUGAGCCCCCCAGUUUGUUGUCCCACAACAAUUCUGGCUGUCAAGGGGGAGAAACACCAGCAACUUGUAAUUCUGACACCAGAUGUUUAGGAUCCCCGUGCAGGGCUAGCUAAAAAGAGACUAGGCAGAACUGAGUGAGAAACACUGUAGACAUUUCAGUAGAGUUUCUAAAGCACAGUGAAUUUCUUGUCGAUCUCUCCAGUGGGGCACUUUGGAAUCAAUAAGCAAUUAAGAAUUGGUGGUGAGGGACUUCAUAUACCCGAUUCCUCUAGGACGCUAACAUAGCGAGUUAUUACACAAAACUGUACGGUAUCCAUCUAUCUCUGUUCUAUUGAAUGCCUUGUAAACAGCCAACACUGAAAACACUGUGAGAAUUUGUUUUCAGGUCUGACACCUUUCGGUCGCUUUUUAUAGCAAGAAACCAAUAUCCUUUUUAUAAAACCUCGUGUCUGUAUUUCAGGAGCAAACUCUUCAGGCUCCCUUUUUAUAAACUGGUGAUUUUUCUUUUGUCUAAAAAACACAUGCAGAAAAUUUACCAAAAAAAAAAAUGCAGAAGAAUAACGUAGUUUAGAAAUCAUGCUGUCACUGCCAAACAGAAACCUCCAGAAGGAAACAAAAUGAAUAGCAGAGGCCAAUUCAAUAGAAUCAGUCUUUUGAUAACUUUUUAACAGUUAUGCUUGCAUUAAUAAUUUCAAUGUGGACCAGACAUUCUAAUUAUAUUUUAAACGAAAUGUUACGGCAUAUUUUAAACAACUCUUUUUUAUCGAUAAUCCUGAUAUUUCAUACUGAAGACACAGAAACCUUGCGCUUGUCUUUACCGCUAGAGAGGAUUUCUCUUUGCUAAGGACUGAUCAUUUGAAAUAGUUCUCGGUCUUUGAGGUACCGGUUCAUAACACUGCUUUUUGUCUGUAAUCAUAGCCCAUAACGGCAAAGACAACUAAAUUUAAGGGAAAGCCAUGCAUGCCAAUUCUGUGUUUGCUUUUAGCAGAUAUGAAGAUUUCCUUAUUUCUUUGUAAUUGUACGGAUAGUUUGCAAGGGGCAGCAUUCAAAGCCGAGCCGCUGUUUGGCUAGUGUUGUUCCUCCACUUGUGCUGGAAUGAGCUUGGUGUGUGUGUGCGUGUGCGCGUGUGUGUGUGCACAUGUAUGCGCAUGUGCGUGCACCAGCCGUUCCUUCAUGAUUAGGAUCGUGGGUCGUACAUGGAUCGGUGGCAACCUGGUGGCGUUGCUGAUGUGCGCUAUGUAGAAGGGAACCCAGGGGUGGAUGGGGUAUCUCAGAUACCCGUGGACGAGCUUCAGGUGUCCGUAGCUACGAGAAAUACUUUUGGUUCGAGAAAAGUCCUGAUGAUGGUAGUACUGAUUCCUGGUUACAUGGGUCAUUGAAGAACCCCAAAUCGUGAGAACCUCCUUUUGCCCCUCUCCUUUAUGUGUAGGCCUGUUAGAAACCAUUAAGAAGCCCAUUUUACCUACCCCCUACUUCCUUGUGGAAGCUCCAGGUUUUCUUAGUGCCUCCCAGAACAAUUUGUAGUUAAUUGGGAAAAAAGAGCAAGCCAGAGGAGGAGCUCAGAUUUCCUCCUGUGCAGGCCCGAAGCCACCUCUCUGAGCGUUUCCUUGAUCGUGGCGUAUGUACUCAAUGGACAUAUUUUCUGUGGAGUGACCUUUGAUCCAACCGUCUUCUGUAAUAAAAGUAGAUGUUUCCAUCUUCCUUGUAAUCAGUUAGAAGAGAAUGUUUCUGUACCGCCACUUCAGGGGGCUUGGUAUAGUUCCAAAUCCAAGCCUUUAAUAAGUGCAUUUUAAAUUGGCCCAUUUUCAAGGCAGAAAAGAAAAAAAAACCCAAAACAUUGGAA